AUGUCCCGAGCUAACUCAAUCCCCAAGACCAAGGGAAGCAGUUUUCAAACAGCGCUAUCAAAUCCAGAACUGAGUUCUUUUGCUGCCGGCGGUGGUUUUAGGCAGUAUGCAACUGCAUCUGUGAGUGGAGACAAGUACUAUGGAGCAAAGGCACUCAUCAACUUAUGGGCACCAAGUGUUCGACCUAAUGAAGUCAGUUCAUCGCAACUUUGGGUUGUUGGAGGUUCUGAUUCAGAUACCAACGUGAUCCUUGCAGGUUGGCAUGGUGACAAUUAUGAGUCGACAGGAUGCUAUAACUUGCAAUGUCAAGGAUUUGUGCAGACUAGCAACAAAUUUGCGUUAGGAGCACCCUUUCCCGAACUCUCAAACAUCGAUGGUUUGCAAGUUGAAUUUUCCGUGACCAUCUUUAAGGGUCAAGCUGGUUGGUUUCUGCAAUUGAAUGAAUUCAUACUAGGUUAUUGGCCAUUUUCAUUAUUUUCAAGCCUUAACAAUAAUCCAGCAUCUUCUAUUCAAUGGGGAGGAAUGGUUUUCAACUCACAAAUUGAUGGAAAAGAAAGCACAACUACUCAAAUGGGCAGUGGCCAGUUUCCAGACGAAGGGAUAAGGAGAGCAAGUUACAUGAGGCAGCUUCAAAUAGUUGAUGAGAACUUUAUUUUAAGAGGUCUUGACUCUCCCACUGCCUUGGCUUCCCAACCAAAUUGCUACAAUAUAGAAUUGGCAAAUGACCUCAAUUGGGGAGACUACAUUCUAUUUGGAGGUCCGGGAAGAAACCCUAACUGCCCAUGA